ACGAAUUGUCGUUUGAUGUGAAGUAAACAGUAUGGAUAUUUUUGCCAGUAAGAUAUUUUAGAGAAAUGUGGUUCAAAUCAUAUAAUCCACUAUUAAUUUGAGACUGUUUUAGUCCAAGUAAUAAACAUGUGGCCCGUUUUAUUAAAUAUGACACGCGACGAAUGUCGCCGGACGCUCAGAAGACUUGAGUUAGAAGCAUAUUCGAAUAUGAUAAGCGUGUUUAGAGCGCAAGGGGCAUUGGAAGAAGAUAGAAAAAAGUUACUCGAGGAACUGCGCGCCGUUUUGCAUAUAAGCCAUGACCGCCACAGUGCUGAAGCGCGACGCGUGUCUAAUGACGAGCUCUUAGCAACAAUAGCUGAGCACAUAGCUGGUCCAAACACAGGGCUAGCAUGGAUCAGCGAGGGACGUCGAAUUAUACCUCUGAUGCCACGUGGUAUUGCUCAGACCAUGUACACAGAGAUUGCGGAUAAGGUAGCGGAAGUAACAGCAGCUGAAAAUAAGGAACUUAAAAAAAUGGAAGACAAACUUAUAACACCAGUUUCAAAGGAAGUAGAAAUGCCAGAUCCAGAAACUGCUGAGUCUGCUUUAGAAUGCAGUGAGAAAAUGGAUGAUGUUUAUCCUCCCAUUGCUACUGAAGACCAUUCAAGCAAAAUAUGGGAAACUGAAAUAAUUUGUCGAAAACGGAAAUUAGCAGAGGAUGAUGAAUUUGAGGACACCAUCACACCAGUUAAAAAUAUGAGAAAUAUUCCUGUUAAUAUGCAUCAGAAACAUGUAAACUUAUCACAAGUUUAUUCAAAAUAUUCACAACCCACUUCCAGUAAACAAUCAAGCCAGUCCAAACAUUCAUAUAAUCAAGUUAGUAAAGUUUCAAGUAAGCCGUGUCAGACGCGAGCGCCUAGACAGCAAAAACCUAAAGUCCAAAAGCCUAGGGCUCCUCGUCAGAAAAAGCAACCGAAAGAUGUUCAAUCUCCACCCGCAAAACAGUUCAAUCCAGUCUCUUUGCAAAUGGAAUACUCUGGUCCACCCAAUACCUUCCAGGCUAGUUACGCCCAAUCCAUAUUGUCUAACAAAAACAGAGAUUUUGUAGAUGAAUUUAAACCAAAAGUAAAGUCCUCACCCGGAAUGGUUAGCGAGUCUCCCACAAUGCAUUUGUUAACGCAACCCGCUACCGUUCCACAUGAGUUAGGGCUUUCGGAAAACGCACAUCCGGAUGAUCCAAAAUCAUUGCAAGCACAAAGCACUCCUAUUGCAAAGCAACCACUAAACACGGUCAAGGCGUCCCAAAUUAUUCUCAAAAGCAGAGACUCUGAAAAGAAAGUCCCGGUGCCUGACAUUAAAAUUGUACAAAAACCAAAUGACAAUAUAAAAAUACUCGCGAACAGACAAGUCGUCGUGGCGCCGAGUUCCGCUCAAAAAACGUUGAAUGCGAGGAAAUUAGUUGCGGCGAAAGUCAUAGGUUCGAUUCCGAAAGUUAGAACGUCUGCAACGCCCGUUAAAACCAUAUCCGAUAAAAUGGUCGUUGUCUCUAAAGCCCCAAUCGAUACGAGAAUAUCGCAUCCAAAAUUCGUAAUAACAUCAUCGUCGACUACUACAUCCAUGAAAUCCUCAACCCCAGUCAGUUCAAAUAACUAUUCACCUCCCACUUCCGAAACUUUGACCCCGAAGGGUAUUCCCGCUACAGAUUUAAAAGUUUCAGCAAAAACAUUUGUGAAUCCUAAGUCUGGAAAAACAAUGGUUGUUUUGCCUGCAAAGUCGACCAAAGAAGGUCCCUUGUUCCACUUUAAAGGAGUUUCUCAAGCCAUGAAGCUCGUAUCGGUUAGUUCACAACCUAACACGAUGCCGACAUCAAAAUUUCAUCCAGCUUCAACAUUGAAACCGACUAUAGUCAGUGCUUCCAGCCCUAAAAUUCUUGGGACGGAGCCAAUAAAAACUGCCAAUUUAGCUGACAUAGUUCCGGUUAAAGGUCUAACGCCGACACAAAAAAUUAUAAGCCCCAUAGUUAGACCGGUCAGUUCGAAAGGCAACGUAAUAGUUGUUCAGAAGAGCGCAAACCUCGGAAAAACCUUAAAAUUUACGAAGAACGGCAAUGAUAUGUCAAAAAUUAUUAUGGGGAAGAAUGUAAACCAAUUGUUGCAAGCUAAGUCGGAACAGGGAGAGCUGUCUAAAUCCAAUGUAAUUGUGUUGGAACUGAACAAUGAGCAAUCGGGAAAGACUACAACUAUGUCCGAAAUAAUAGAUAGUCACAUACAAAAACCUACGCCAGAGGAGAAUAAACCGAGUCAUAUUAUAACACAAGAAACGCCAGUGUUAUUCGAUACUCACCCGGGAGAGGGCAAUGCGAGCAGUUUAGAUUCAACUGCAUCUUUGGAGAAAGAUGGAAAUCGCCAGAAUGAAGCCAAAGAUUCGCCCGGUCAUUGGGAUAUGGAAAUCGAAUCAGUUCCCGAUAGCAAAAAAACCGAUGACAAAUUGAACUCGUUACAUUUAGAUCUUGGUAUGUCCAGUGAGAGUGAGACCGAAUUUAUGGCUGAUGGAAAGAACAAGAGUGAUCAUUCGUCACAAGAUAGCGUUCACCAAGAAACUCAGAGAGGGAUGACCGGUGAAUUGUAUAGUGGGGGGAGCAUGUCUCUAGCCACGAGGACGUUACUCAGUCAGCUCCAAGACGAUGGUUCGUCGAGUAAUGACUCCUCGUUCGCGCUCAAAUCGAAAAAAGCCGCACAGAGUAAUAAAAUCGACAAAUCCGAGUCCGAAGCGUUGUCUAAGGCGAAAGCGAAACUUACGCAAAAGGUGGCCGAGGAACAAAGCCAGCAGAAACGAAUAGACGUUUAUAGCACGGCAAUUUCGACGACUGACAUAAACCUUGACUCGUUUUCGUAUUUAGAUGAGAGUUUGAUGGCCGAUGAUGAAUUCCCUGAGGGCCGGCGUGAGCCUCGACGCGAUAUUCUAGACGAUCAAUUGAGCCGCCUCCUAGCAGAGGACUCCGCUAACUCCUCGGACUCACAGACGGUUGAACGAUUGCCUAUGACUAGCGAGUGACUGUGAAAGUGUUUUCUGUGAAAAUUACUCGACUCAUGAGGCUAAUGAAAUGACAUAUUUUUAUAUGUAUGUACAUUAUGUUUUAAAACGUUUACAAAUGUUGGUACAGUACAAAAGUACUACAAUGUUGAUUUGUGUGCGAUUCGGACCAGAAUGUAAAAUAUUGUAAAGGGCAAGAAUAGUCAUAGGAUAUAUUCAGAUCUGUUAUACAAAUUCAAUUUUUUUUCUGCAUUAAAUUCGUAAUCAAAUGAAACUACUUUCAAACGUAAAUAUUUGGAUAUAAAACAGCAUCUCUUGCCUAUUUACUUGUACUUAAAUAUAACAUAUACAUAGCUAAUAUAUAGUAAAAUUAUUUUUUUGCUAAAUGCCGCCAAAGUAGAAAUUAUAAAUAAAUUUUAAAAUGUACGUGUCGAGUUUUGGAGAUAUAUUAAUUUUCUUUCCUACACACUUUCUUAUACUUUUCUCUUCUUGAAACCUACAUAUCCAUUUUAUUAACUUCCUAAAUUACCAAUGAGUGAGGUAGUCUUAAAAUGCUCAAGCAAUAACGUAUAAAUUAGUAAGUUAUGUAUAAAUAUUUACAUGUCAUUGUAUUAUAUUCGUGAUUUUUACUUUCGUUUUAAAAUAGUAUUAAAUUUAAAUUGCCCUUUUAAAUGUAAUUACGCCAACGAUUUAUAAAGUUCAAUGUAUGAAAAUGGGUUUGGUUGCUACAAUUAUUAUUAUUAUUUAGUGUUAAGUAACGUUUUUGAACGUAUUUUUUUUAAUCUAAAUGAAAGUACGACUGCCAAUUCACCUAAAUUAAUGUUGAGUUGCGAACUCAGUGUAUAUAAGUUGAUAUGUAGAUUGAAUUAAAUUAUGAGGUUUUAUAUUUCUUAAAAAUACUGAAUUUUCUCUGAAAGUUUUUCGUUCAUCUCGCCUUGUAUAUUUACUCAUACGCACAAAUUAUUAGAUUUAAGAUUUAUGUUAAGGUGUGGAAUGUGAAUGUUACAAGUUUUAUGUUACACGAAACUCUGAAUUUAGUUAUCAAUUUUGGCAUAGUUUAGUUUGAUCUCAGAUAUUUCGAGCUGCAUUCACAUAUAGCGGGUUGUAAUUUUCAAUGGUGCAUAAUAAUUUUAGGCUAAAGCUCUGUUAUAGCAGUUUUUGUUUAAGUUUACUACAACUUAUCAUUACCAUUCACCCAUAGAAAACCAACGUUGCCGUGAGAAAAUGUCUCAAAAACUUCCACUAAUAUGAAGAUAUUUUCUCAUUAAGCUAAACGUUCGUGUACGUGUAUGGUGAAUGGAAAUAGAUACGUUUAAACUAGUAUAAAUAGAAUGCAAUGUACAAGCAGGGUUUUAUUCGCAAUUAAUAUUGUGUAUAUCGAGUCAAACUUUAAAAGCUUAAUUACGUACGAGGUACUUGAUUCAGACAAUAUAUAUUAUUGUCAUAUUAAAUGACGGUCUAUAAUUCAGUAUACCCUUGAUUACAUAAAAGUAUGUAUUUAAAUAUUACAACGCUAUCAGUCUUCCUGUAGCAUAUGCUAGGUACUGCAAAAUGCUAUAUGCUAUGCCUGUUUUAUUUUAUAUAUAGACGGGUGUAUCGCAUAUAAACUUGUCCUUCAAUGUUGGCCUAAAUGAAACAAUCUUUCGUCGGGUUAAUUACAUUUAAAAUGUACAACACUAUUUUCCUUCUGUUUUCACAGUUUUUUGUGAAAAUUAAUAUUUCAGGACGUACAAUCAAGUUUCAAGUACAUUGAGGGUAGUUAAAAAAUAUUAAAUUUCCAUUUAACCUGACUAUUUCCUUAAUAAACAGUAUUAAAAUUUUAUGCUUGGGAUGAAAACUUUAUAUGUUGACGUUUUACAAAGAAAAUUUAAAGUACAGAUACCAAUUUUAUAGCAGAUAAGCUACGCUGUACUCGAAUGAAUGAUUGAAGUACCAAUACUCGCCUAAUGGGUGAGUGGUAUCUUCAUACUAUCGUGAAAAUGUGCAUUGACCGUGCCAUUAAUAGAUUAUGACAAAUUGUGUAAAUAAUAAUAGGUAUUGUUUUUAUCUACGAGUUAUGUAUCAUAUUAGCGAUAUUUCUAAAUACAUUGUGUAAUUAGCGUAAAUUAGUGAAAUGAUAGAUUUAUAUUUUGUAUUGGAUGCAGGUGAAUAUGAUUAAGAUUGUUGUCAAGAUAAAAUCUAUUGAGAUUGUUUUUUAAUAUAUUAAGGCAAAUCCAUAGUGGUGUAACUGAACUCUGUAGGGCACUAAAACAAAGCAACCGAUUUAAAUUCUUCGCACGUUUUAUUUCGUAAUAACAAUAUCACUAAUGCUAAUGAAAAUCGAAUAUUUUUGCUUUGUUUACUAUUUCUACGAAAUAUCGUCCGGCGUCAUGAGGUGCUUAGCGCCUUUUUCGCUAGAGUUCUUAAAACCGCGUAAAAUAUAGCUCGAUUUUGACAUCUGUCAAACUAACAUGACAGUACUCUGGCUGUGCCGGAGAUUCAUCACAGAUUAUUUUAACAUACAUAACUGACGUUACUCAAAAUAAGUUUGAAUUCAGUAAUACAUUUAAUGUAUGGCUGAAAAAUACGAAGUUCAUGAAGUAUGACAAUUUUAUAACUACAUUUAAUGCCAAAAAAUUUAAAUAUUGCGCGUUUACAAAUAUCUGGCUAUAUUUUACAAGGCAUUGUUAAUCAAGAAUCUAUAAUUAUAUUAUUUUAUUUAGUCAAUGUUAACGAUUGACCUGCAUCAACAAUAGAAUAAGGAUUUUGUUUGUCGGCUGUAAAUAUCGCAUUAGUUUCAUUAGAAUCACUAAAAACAUGUUAAUACAAUUUCGUGUUUUUUUUCGCAUCAAGUUUAUUUUUCAACCUAUUUUAAAAUACACAGUUUUAAUUA